AUGCGUAAUCUUACCCCUGGAUGGAACAAUCCCAGCGCCUCUCCCGCAGCGACCCGGCGCUUGCCAGAUGGGCGUCAGCACCGAGAAUGCACAAGAUUGUCCAAGACCAAGGGUCGUCACACGCGGGCCCGGAGAGCACUGAUUAAGAGUCUCAGACACAUCGCCCUUGUGGGUUCACAAGAAGGGCCAUGCCGACGGCAUUGUCAAUCCCCGCACACGGCGAAGGAUUCUUCGACUACGAUGGGAACCGGCCAAGGCUCGAGGUUGUACGAUACUGAAUCCGACCCAAGAAAGCCUGAUGGCUGGCGCCCGGAAAGUGGGAGGGAGAGAAAUCACUACUUGCCUUCAUCUGCCGCCGGGCGCCGUCACGAUCAUGCAACUCCGCAUCUAAGGGGUCUCGGCGGACUUGAGGAGCUUAGGGGGUGGGGGUCUCCAGCCAAGCACAUUCAAGCACAGUCAAGCAAUAUCGGGGAUGGACACGGCUCCUGUCGUCGGGCACUUGAAGUCCCUCUCCCUCCACAGCACCUGAAAGCGAGAAAGCCGGGCCGGACUGCAUUCCACGGCCAGCGGCUCGGACCCGCGAAAGGGGGAGAGGUCGAACAAUCAAGGCCAAACAGGCCGUGGCGUGUAAUGGAACGCGAUGGGGCGGUCAAUUGGUCGAUAUAUCGGUCGCUGACCAUGAGGAGGGAAGAGUAG